AUGGACAAAGAUUGCGACAUGGUAUAUAAGAACAUCUCUGACCUUUACAAAUCCGAAGAAUUUAAGACCUACGACAACUUUGUUUCGUUAGUUGCAAAAUGUGUUUGGGAAAUAAGAGAUAAAGAUAGUAGGGGUAAGGUAUGGAACGAACAAAUAAAACCCGCUAUGUUCGAGAUGAAGAAAACCAUUGACGCCUUAGUUGUUUUAGCAGGUAAGGUUUCAGAAUAUAACGCAAAAAUGAAUCCGCAAUGUUCAAAAUGUAAAGCAGCAAUGAGGAAAUAUAACUACUCCGUCAAAGAGAUAGAACGUAUGCGAAACGACUAUGCAGAUUUAAAGAAAGAAGCAGAGAAACCAGCAGAAGAUAAAAUGGACAUGUUGACAUUUCUAAACAAAAACUAUCCAACAGCUGACGAUUUCCUUCUUUCAGAUGUCAAGAAGAAAUAUAAAGAAACCUUCGGCAUUGUUAAAACAUUCGAUGUACUGACAGAAGAAAUAGAAGCUACGAAAUUGUUUAGAGUCAUGAACCAUCGCAACAUAUACCAUGUAAAACGCUUGUAA